AUUUAGAAACUCUGUGCUCAAAGCAUCUAUCACUACCAAACAAGGGAAGAAAAAUACGAGAGGAGAGAAAGAGAAGCGAACGCGCAAAUACAUGCAUACAAUGAUAGCAGAAAUUGGUGCCGCCGACAAUCCCAAGGCCAGCUCCAGCUAUCCCCAUCCCCAAGCAGCUGUGAUCUGCCCGGACUCACCGGUUUCAUUCGCCCCGGACUACGGAGUCGGACAGCUGUUCAUACGUAGCGCCUCGUCCAGGAGGGACACACAGACGUCCGCGGGGAGCAUCAACCCAGACGAGAGCUCCAUCAAGCCGCUGGUAUCCGGAGUAUCCUCCGCUAUUACAGACGCCUAUAUCAUGACCUCUGAGGAAUUCAUGCAGACCGCUCCCUUGUUCGGCCAGAGGUCCAAGAGGAACGUUCUCUACAAGAUCCUGUGUUUCCUCAUUCUGAUAUUCCAAGGAGGCAUUCUAGAUUUCUACCUCAUUAUCUUCACGGAUCUGUACUGGUGUUCGUGGAUCGCCACGGAUCUGGUGGUGAUCUCUGGCUGGAUCUUCUUCAUGAAGAACGCCAGGAGCAAGAGAGAGCGGGCGUGUGGGUUCCACCAAAACUCUAUAUUCGGCUGUAAUCUCGGCGAGUUUACCUACGCCUACCUGGCCUGGUUAAUCUACGUGAUCGCCUGCACCCCUAAAAUAGUCCUCAUUCUAGAGACUUCGAUAUUAGAUCUCAUCGCGCUCAAAGUUCCGUUCGGUGUAACCGGAUUUAAGAUUAUCACGUUGCUCUCGGUCCCGUUACUCUACUGUCUCGUCAAUUCUAUCACCGAGGACCAGAACGGAGCGACGCGCCACCGGUCCCAAAGCUGCUUCAUAACCACCUGUCUGGACCUCGCAGACUGUUUUACCCUGGUGGAGUUGUUUCUGAAGAACGAGAUACCGACGGUCUAUUUAAAAUACACGGUCAUCUCGGUCUAUUUCAUCGCCCUGGGCGUCCCAGUGGUGUGGUUAUACGAGUUGACAGCCUCCGAGAUGCGCUGUCGCUGGGUCUGGGCUAGGUUCCUGGUCGGUGUGUUGGUCAACGCUCCACUUCUGGUGGUGCGGUGUUUCCAGGUGUAUGUUCACAAGAUGCCCGUCUCAGUGUUCAUGUUCAAGAAUAUGUUCUUCCUGGCCUGUAAGUGUCUGGAGCUGAUAGAACAGUGUUUCACAGUGCGGGGAGUCAGGAGGUUCGGUGAGGGAAGCAACCCGGCGCAGUUCUCUCACUGUGUCUCAGAGAACGAUAUGUGUCCCCAUGGAUAUGUUAACACGCUGGCGGUUACCACGCAGUCAUAGGCCCGGCUUGCAUCUCACCCUGGCCGUCACCACCGAGACCUAAAACGGCCGGGAUUUUAUUUUAUCCCCCUGGAGGGUGGAAGGCACAUGAGUGAUGCUGAAGGAAGAAUUUUGAGGGACAGGGAUACGCCCUUAAACGGCACCCUAUGCCCUAUAUAGUGCACCUACUUUUGACCAGGGCUAAUAGGGUUCUAAUCAAAGGGAGUGCACUAUAUAGGGAAUGGGGUGCCAAUGAGGAUGCACACCCACAGGUGUCAAUCAACGACAGCCUUAUUCAGAUGUCAGAAGAACAUUUGAUAACAACAGGUGCUACAGAAUCAUUAUGCAUCAACUACACCUGCGUAAGAGCUGGCCACUGGCCAACGAUUGUCGUUUUGAAAUGGGAGUCUUGGAUAUGGUGUCAAUGUCGAUGUAAAGUCAUGUUUUACAUUGGUGAAGUCUUGUCUCUCAAUCUGUGAAACUUCCAAAUAGCAUUUCCUAAUCAAUGAAUAGAUGGAAACCUUGUGGUAAUAUAGAUACCUAAUUAGUGUGUAAUUGCGGUAUUUGUAAUGAUUCUAAUGUUUAAUCAUGUCCUCUCAUUUCCUAAACUAUUUCGGGGGGAAUAUUUCAUGUUAUCAAUAUAAAUCAAUUGAUAUUUCUUAAAGAAUUUGACAUCACCAUAUGUAUUUUACUGUAUGCUUUGAAGUGGCACGACAAUGUGUCAUGAUGAUCUGUCUGUCUGUCUGUCUGUCUGUCUGUCUGUCUGUCUGUCUGUCUGUCUGUCUGUCUCUCUGUGUCUGUCUGUCUGUCUGUUUGUCUGUCUGUCUGUCUGUCUCUCUCUGUGUCUGUCUGUCUGGCUCUCUGUGUCUGUCUGUCUGGCUCUCUGUGUCUGUCUGUCUGUCUGUCUGGCUGUCUGUCUGGCUGUCUCUCUGUGUCUGUCUGUCUGUCUGUCUCUCUGUGUCUGUCUGGCUGGCUGUAACCUGUCUGUCUGUCUGUCUGUCUGUCUGUCUGUCUGUCUGUCUGUCUGUCUGGCUGGCUGGCUGGCUGUCUGGCUGUCUCUCUGUGUCAUGAUGAUAUGAGAUAGAGCAGGCAGCAAUAGAGCAUCCUCUUUAAUAUACUGUGUCUCUGUCUGUCUGUCUGUAACCUGUCUGUCUGUCUGUCUGUCUGUCUGUCUGUCUGUCUGUCUGUCUGUCUGUCUGUCUGUCUGUCUGUCUGUCUGUCAACAUGUGUACUGACAGUCUUGACUGAUGGAAUCUAUACAGUGUCAGCCUUGCCAAUUUGUCACCCAGAAAUGAACGGAGCUUCAAAAAAGUGAAUAUAAAUGUGAUAUUGUUUCGAUCAAACAUGAUGAGACAAUCUGCUCCAAGGUGCUAUGAAGGAAUGUGUGUUUGUGGAAUCAGAUGGGUGUGGCGUUGAUAUGCGUAAUCAGAUGGGUGUGGCGUUGAUAUGCGUAAUCAGAUGGGUGUGGCGUUGAUAUGCGUAAUCAGAUGGGUGUGGUGUUGAUAUGCGUAAUCAGAUGGGUGUGGCGUUGAUAUGCGUAAUCAGAUGGGUGUGGCGUUGAUAUGCGUAAUCAGAUGGGUGUGGCGUUGAUAUGCGUAAUCAGAUGGGUGUG